UACGUAUUGUUUUGUCGUCUGCUGCUCCAAGUCAGAUGUUUUGAAUCACGCUAUACAUCCACACCAAAUAGAGUUAGCUAUUUAAAUCUGGAGAAAACACCAUUUUAAUUUAUCUUAUAUAUAAACGCAAUUGACGUUUAUUUGUGUGCAGAAUACCUUUUCGAUGUAUAUUAAGGUAUCAAAGAUGUAAACAAGCUGUAGUGUUAGUAAUUUGUAUAUGCCAAUAACACGUAGUCAACAUAUUAGUUAAAUUUAAUACAAGCAAUGCAUAGUUCAACCAAAAAUAAAAAAAAUAAUCAGGUGAAUCAUGCCGUCGACCUUGCUCCUGAUGGUGGUUGGGGCUGGGUGGUUUGCUUUGGAGCCUUUAUGAUAAACUUUAUAGCAGAUGGCACAAUGUUUUCAUUUGGAAUUUUAUUCCUGGAACUUCUGGAUUACUUCAAAGAUUCUAAAUUCAAGACUGCAAUUGUUGGAUCCAGUCAAUUGGGACUCAGCAUGAUGAUGGGACCAGUUGUUAGUAUGCUGCUGAAAAAAUAUACAUGUAGACAAGUUACUAUUGUUGGUGGAUUGAUUGCCUCAGUAUGGAUGGGUGUCAGUAUUUUUUCACCUAAUAUUGAGUUGAUGAUAUUAACCUUUGGUGUAUUAUCUGGUGCAGGAAUAUGUUUAGUAUAUUUGACAUCUAUCAUAGUAGUUGGUUUAUACUUUACCAAGAAAAGAGCCAUUGCUACAGGUAUUGCUACAAGCGGUGCUGGUGUAGGUGUAUUUGUAUAUGGAUAUUUAACUGAUUAUCUGUUAGGUGUCUACGACUGGAAAGGUACAGUUAUCAUUUUGUCAGGACUCAUGUUAAACUGUGUAGUAUGUGGUGCUUUAUUUCGACCAAUCAGACCACACACUUUCAAAGAAGAACAGUUUGAAGAUAUGUCAUGCUCUGGUUCUAGUGGAUAUGGAGGUUCCAGUGAAGAACCAGAUGAUCUGGAUCACGAGUCUGAUUCGGAUACUGAAACAAACCAUGUUUCUAUUAAGUUGCAUAAAGACAAAUACCGUCCUCGUGGUCUAAAAUUUAAAAGUGCGGAAGAUUUGUCCUUUCUGAGUGUAAAACAAGUUGACCCAAGACUUCACGUCAGCGCUGUUGCUGUUUGUAAAUUAAACCCCGAUACAAAAACAGACCGGAUAGCUUUUGGUCUACUACAUCCGAUGUUAAGGAAAGACAUUUUUUAUAGCGGCAGCGUCAACCAUUUACCCGAUUACGAUACUUGUGGUGGUAGCCUAAGUUCUUUCCUAGCAAAAAUGACGCAAGACCAAUCUGUCUGUGAAUGUAGUGAAUCUCAUAUUUCACAGAGUAAAUCCAGGUUGAAAUCGCUCUACGAUCUGUCAUUAUUUAAAGACAGAAUAUUUUGGGCCGUUUUAAUGGUUUGCACAUUUUGGACAGUUCAAUCAAUUCCAAUAACAUAUUUACCAGGGUUGGCUGUCACUCAUGGAAUAAGCCGUUCUAAUGCAGCUCUUCUCAUUUCUAUCGUGGGUAUUUCAAACACCAUCGGGCGUGUUGUAGCAGGCUUUACCAAUGACGUUCUAAACGUAAAAAGCAUAGUUUUAUAUUUUGUGGCGUUCUGUAUUGGUGCAGUGGUUAAUUUUGUUUUUCCAUUUUGUGUAACCUUUCCAACAUUAAUCGUCACUACAGCUGGAUUCGGUCUAUGUAUGGCUGUAGCGGUUUCAAUGAGAUCUAUAGUUAUAGCAGAUCUAAUGAAAAUAGAACGUCUGACGCAAUCGUUUGGUAUUAUAGCUUUGUUUCAGGGAGUUGCAUUUAUUAUAAGCCCGCCUUUAGCCGGUAAAUUAAUGGAUGUAACUGGUACUUACAUGUCGCCAUUCUUUCUAGUAGCUAAUAUAUAUUUCAUCUGUGCCACAGUGUGUUUAGUUGUUAUUGUUGUUCAGAGACAAAAAAACACAAAACACCAGAACGUAUUAGAUAAGGAGAAGGAGAAUUGGAUUUGAAACGUUCAUUCAUCGUAGAAAGUUUGUUAUUGCGUUUGGUCAUGUGAUAAAUUAUUGCGUUUGGUCAUGUGAUACAUUAUUGCGUUUGAUAAUGCUACAUACUUUAUAUUUGGUGAAGAAUUAAUAGAUGUUCGUUGGUUCUCUGUGACAUAUAGAAUAACUCACGAUCUAUGCAGAUUAACCAACGUGUAACAUGUGAUUAAUGUAGCUUGAGCUUACAAUGUACGUGUUAACAGAUAAGCUGAGUCAACACCAGGUUUGGCUGAACUUUAUUGACGCCACCAAACGUUCAUAGUAAGCUUAUAUACAUAAUGCGCCGUCAUAACUAGUAACAGUAGAAUUGUAGGAAAUAAAGCCAUGUCAUAACCAGAAGUGAUCUUUCUUGAACAAUAAUGUGAACUCAAUGUUGUAGUUUUCUACAAUGUACUUUAUUCACUUUCCAUAGUAAAUAUUUUAUUUACAAUCAACUGACCAUGAUUUGGGUGUAAUGGCAUGCUUAUUUGAACACAUAUUAAAUCAGUUAUUCAUUAUUUUAUCGUGUAUAUAUGUUCAUAAUUGUUCAUAAAUGACUUUCAUAUUUGUACAAAUUUGUUUCUAAAUACUUUACAAGGAGCAUAAUUAUAUUUAAAUGGCGACAGUUUGUGAUUUUAUGUUAACAUAAAACAUUCCUUUGAAUGUUGAUAUGGUCGUAUAUUAUCGUAGAUCAUGAAGGGAUGAACCCUAUCGAUUACGCCCCCUUAUCGGAAAACUCUGCGAACGCAAAAGAGGCUUCAGUUCUUAACGGAAUUUUUCAAAUUUGGUGUAAAGCAUUUGGGUCACGAAAGGAGAACCCCACUGAUUUUCAGCCGGAGAUCAAACCUUUUAUGAUUUUCUAAUUUGGUGGGAAGCAUUGGGACCGUGGAGGAUAAAACCCGUUGACUUUCUGUUCCAGAUAUAUACCAAAUUUGGUCAAACUGUUCCAAGUGAUUCAAUCAGUCAGCUUGGGCAAUGGUCCGUUGACUGUACUUACGGUUUUAGCGCAUAAUAAUUAUCCAUGAUUGUUGAUGUUCAAUGCAUAUAUAAAAAGUUACAUAAUUAAUAAAAAAAGAUAUUUCUGUUA